AUGGAAAAAGAACUAACCAAAGCCGAUCUACGCGAUUCGCAGAGAGUCAGUGAGAAGCAGUCUGCUCCAAUUGAGCUGGGACUCAUCGGCGAGACUACCAUAGAGCAAAAUGGAAUCAAGAUACAUCCUCAACCGACUUCAGAUCCCUUGGAUCCGCUGAACUGGUCGAGACUUGAGAAGCAUACCAUCUUGGGAGUUGUUAUGUUCAAAUAUUUCCUAUUCACCUACAUCACGACAACAACAGUCCCUUCAUUCCCUGAGCUCCAGUCUCAGUUCAGCAUUAGCUACUCGGAAGUCAACUGGACAGUUGCGAUUCCUGCGCUGGGUCUGGCAGUCGGUCCCUCUUUUGGACUUCGUUCAGCGACAUAUACGGCCGUCGCACCAUUUUCAUUACCGGAACAAUCAUUGCCCUCGUGUCGACAAUCGGGCGGAUACAUGGCUGCUCGAUUCUUCCAAGGAUUCGGAGUUAGCCCAGCGGCGACGGUUGGAAUGGCGGUUGUCAAUGAUCUUUUCUUUGACUAUGAACGCGGACAGAAACUUGGCUUGUGGGUUCUGGCGAUUGACUCUGGACUCUUGUUGGGGCCAACCUUUGGUGGCUUCUUGAAUGUAGUGAGCGCAGCAUGGAUCAACUGGUUCAACGCUAUUCUCUUCGCCGCACUGCUGGUUCUCGAACUCUUCCUCAUGCCCGAAACUCUGUAUCCACGCGCAACUAUGCUACAGCGCAUGCCGCGGGAAGGCCAUAAACCUCCGAGCUCUUCAGAUAUUGAACAAAGCCCAGCUGGUGAGAAGACUGGGAGCGUGGCAGCAGCAGCCGGACCUGCCAUUCCAAGAACCAAAGAGCUUGGCUUUUUCAAUGUCAGACCUGUUCCCGGCAUGCGGCAUCCCAAACCAUGGGACUCUAUCGUUCGCUUUGUCCUCACUUUCCGAUUCCCCGUCGUCGUUAUCAGCGUUAUUGGAUACUGUUUCUUGUGGUAUUGGUGGAUUUUAUCGGUCAUCACGAUGGUACCUGCUGCGUACGCGUCGUACACCCCGUUGAUUCAAGGACUGCUGUUUCUUGGGUUGUUUCUGGGGACAGUGACCUCGGAGAUCUGUUGCUCGGGUAGACUGAGUGACUAUAUCGUUGGGAGAUUGGCGAAGAGGAACGGCAGCGGGCGUGUCGCGGAGAUGCGCCUGUGGCUGGCCUACCCUGCUAUCCUCAUCACAGCUGUUGGACUUGUUGUCUGGGGUGUCAGUAUAGACAAGAACUACCAUUGGAUGGUUGGUCAAGUCGCGUUCUUCCUAUUCGCAGCUGGAAUCCAGAUCGGAAAUACCGUCACAAGCAGCUAUAUCAUCGAUAGCUAUCCCCUUCAGUCCACUGCUGUGAUCAACUUCUAUGCUGUCUUCCUCAACUUGAGUGCCUUUAUCAACCCAUUCUUCAUUGCACAAUGGCAGGCCACGGCAGGAUACACAUGGACGUUUACCACGCAGGCUUUGAUCGUUGCGAUUGCUGGAACGGCCGUAUUUGCAUUAUUGCACUGGUUUGGCACGACGAUGCGGAAGAAGUCACCACUGCCAUCAUGGGUGAAUCCUGAGUUUGACUCGGGGAGUUGA